AUGUCACUUACUGCCGAGCUUCGCAAUGAUCUCGAAGACUGCGCAAAUCGCAUGCGGAUCUCAGCGAUUGAGAUGACAUGCGCAGCCAAAAGUGGGCAUCCAUCGUCAUCCACAUCUGCAGCCGAUAUCAUCGCGACGUUGUUCUUCCAUGAAAUGAAGUAUGAUGCUAAGGAUCCAAAAAACGCCAGCGCCGAUCGUUUUAUCCUCUCAAAGGUGAUUAAUACUGACAAAUCAUUCAGUCAGCAGUUGGGAUAA